GUUUUGCAGUCGGUGCGUCUAGUUCUAUCGCUGUCCGUGUUCACAAUUCCCUCGUCGUUCGCGUCAACCCUCCCUCCGUGGCAGGGAUCGGUCCUUCGACGUCACCCAGCCUCUCCACCUCGAACUUCGCCAAUAACGAGACACCCAAACAGCUAGCUGACCUCCUCGUCAGUAGACACAUUUCACUUCAAUUCCUGUACCAGCUUAGGAUUAGGCGAGAAUGCCGAAUCUUCGGACGAGGAACCCUUCGCGUUCACUCGCGAACGAAAAUGACGAGAACAGUACAGCACCCACGACACGUAUGACGAGGGCCAAGGCGGCCACUCUCCACGUCGACGAAUUGUCCAUGCCCGCGAAAACCAUGCAGACCAAGAAGACGACAACUUCGACAACCACCGCCGCCACUGCCGCUCGUACUGUCGGUAAGCGGAACGCACUGGGCGAUGUCAGCAAUGUCACCAAGGUCGAAGUUGCGGGAGCGAAGAAAGCGAUUGCGAAGCCCGGCCUAGUUUCGAAGGCGGCCCAGCCGAGUGGUAUCCAGAAGAAGACCACGACUGCUACGAGCCGUACUGCGACUACCGCCCGCCGUGCGUUAUCCAACAAAGAGCCCAACAAGACCAGUGCCGGUGCUGGCACCAUUCCCGCCAAGCGCAAGCUUCCUCCGUCCACAUCUAAGCUCGCCCCCACCAAGGAAUCAGCACCCGUUGAAAGUGAGCCGACCCGUAAGAAGCUCCACGUCGAAGAGCCCGAGAAGAAGAAGGUUAUCAAGACUGAGGCCAAGGGAAACGAUGCUCCCACCAAGGCUGCGAAGCCCAUCACCGAGCCCCCCGCUCCUGUCGUCCGCGAUGUCGUCCCUGUUCAGCCAGUGUAUCCGCCAGGUGUUAAGGACCUUGACACUGAAGACCUCGAGGAUCCUCUUAUGGUUGCCGAGUAUGCGACGGAAAUUUUCGAGUACCUCCGCGACCUCGAGUGCAAAUCCGUGCCGAACCCCCAGUACAUGAGCCACCAGGAUGACCUCGAGUGGAAGACUCGCGGCAUUCUCAUCGACUGGCUCAUUGAGGUCCAUACUCGAUUCCAUUUGCUGCCCGAGACGCUGUUCCUUGCCGUCAACAUCAUCGAUCGUUUCUUGAGCGAAAAGGUCGUCCAGCUCGAUCGUCUUCAGCUUGUGGGUAUCACCGCAAUGUUUAUUGCCUCCAAGUACGAGGAGGUUCUCUCCCCUCACAUCGCCAAUUUCCGCCACGUCGCCGAUGAUGGCUUUACUGAAGCCGAGAUCCUUAGCGCUGAGCGGUUCAUCCUGUCGACACUCAACUACGACCUUAGCUACCCCAACCCCAUGAACUUUCUCCGCCGCAUCUCCAAGGCCGACAACUACGAUAUUCAGUCCCGCACCCUUGGCAAGUAUCUGAUGGAGAUCAGCCUGUUGGACCAUCGCUUUAUGCCUUACCGCCCCAGCCAUGUCGGUGCUGCUGCUAUGUACUUGGCACGACUGAUCCUGGACCGCGGAGAAUGGGACGAGACUAUCGCGUACUAUGCUGGCUAUACCGAGGAGGAGAUCGAGCCUGUUUUCCACCUCAUGGUCGACUAUCUGGCCCGUCCCGUCAUUCACGAAGCAUUCUUCAAGAAGUAUGCCAGCAAAAAGUUCCUCAAGGCAUCCAUCCUUACUCGGCAGUGGGCCAAGAAGAACGCUGUUCUCUAUGGCGUUGUUGACGCUGAGAUUCCUCUUGACCAGCUCAAGGACCGCCCUGUUGACCAGCUGCCUUAAGCUUGUCUGGGUGCAUCCUGCGUCCACGGGUUAGCAUUUGGGUUCUAACCUAUGCAAUAUCCUCAGGAUAGGCUGCGACGCGGUUGGAUCCCGCUGGCGUUUGACGACAAAUCAUGAAGUUAUAGAUGACGGUAUGCCUUUUGUCUCUGAAUUCAA